UUGCGUGUUGGUGCAUUCCGUGUGUGAGUGUGUGUGUGCCUGUGUGGUGGGUGUCCCAGUGUAAGAAAUUAUAAGAGAGCAGCCUUUGGGUAAAACAUGGAAGGAGCUGUCCAAGUAUCAGCACCAUCAAUUGGCGGUGGACCACGUGGCGGAGGCGGCGGCUAUAGAGGACGCGGCGGUGGUCCGCCAUUGAGGGGUGGCUUCGAGCGUGGACGUGGGCGUGGAGGUCGGGGACAUUUUAUGGGCGGCAUGCGGGGUGGCAUGGGAGGCGGUGGACCACCAAUGCAGGGCAUGAUGCAAGGACCACCGCGAGGUAUGCGUCCCAGAGGAGGAUUAGGCUAUCAGGGUCGCGGUGGUGGUGGCGGUGGAGGUUUCCAGCCGCGUGGUGGAGCACCCAUGGGUAUGCGGGGUGGACGCCCGCUUAUGUAUCAGCAACCAGCUCCAAAGCAGCAUACUGGAGCUGAUAACAAUAAGACUGUAUCGCCAGUGCCCACCACUGCAUCGACAAAUGCUGUCGAAGGCCAGACCCAAGAGACAGCUGGCGAUGAGAACACAGACGGAGCUAAUGGUACUGCUCCUUCAGUGUCCAAUGUAGCUUCAGGAAACGGUAGUGGCCCACCGCCUUAUAUGAGUCGUGGACGUGGUCGUGGGGGUCCAUUUAGAGGCCGUGGCUCCUAUAAUCCUCAUCUAAACGGCGGCGGUGGUGGCGGAAUGUACAGUGGUCCUCACUCACAUCAUACCAACUCUCUGGGUGGCGGUGGACGCGGCGCUCCCCGUGGACGCGGUGGCUAUAAUCAAGGUAUGAGUCGGCCACCCAUGCAUCAUAAUCCCAAUACACAAAUUGCACCGGUACCAGCUCUCAAACGUGGCGCUCCUGGUGGUCCCGGCGGCCCCAAACGUGGACGCUACGAUGGUGGACCUUACGGACAGCGGCCAGCGAUGACUCCCAAAUAUCAUACACAACAGCAACACAUGGGAGGACCGCCACAGACGGCAUACGGCUCACCGCCGGCUCAGAGCCAUCAUAGCUACCAGUCGCAUGACCAGACACCGCAGCAAGUAGAUCCCUAUGCCCAGAGCGGUUACUCCUCAACGGCAGCACAACAGGGCUACAAUGGCUACAGCCAGAGUGGUUCCGGCGGCGGUGGCUACGCUCAGCAAGCAAAUGCUGCCCCUGCUGCUAGUGCAAGUUAUGCCACACAUGCGGCCAGUGAAUACGAUCAGAGCCAGUAUCAGGGCUACAACUCCACGGGAUAUGCAACCCAACAGCAAGAUACUCGUUAUCAGUCUUAUGGUCAGGAUUAUAACCAACAGUACGGCUCCACAGCUGUGGACUAUAAUGCCACUGGCCAGGCAGACUACAGUCAGCAUGGGCAGCAAAGCGCUGCCGCUUAUGAUGAAAGAGCCUAUGCAGGCUAUGAUUCGCAAUCAUAUUCACAGAGUUAUUCAAAUGCAGCUGCUUACUAUUAGGACUACAACCACCACCACUACCAUCCUAUCUCUCCUUACCCUUAAAUCCCCCUCCAACCCUAAACUGGUAAAUUAAACGCUGUGCGUAUUCCGAAACUAAGCAAAACAAACAAAAAAUUAAAAGUUAAUGCCAAGUUAAGUAACCAAAUCAAGGAGUUAGGGCAAAUCAUAAAGUUUUAUGAAGAGACAAAGCUACACAACAACAAACUCACACACUCAAACACACGCACCUACACUUACACACAACAACAAAAACAAAAAAAAAAACAAAAAAAUAGUCAUAAGCCAGAAAAGUUCUCUUUUUCCUAGUUAAUAAGUAUGCGUCUUUACAUCUCUGAAACUUACAUAUAUAUAAAUUUAUAUAUAUCUAAACAUCUAUAGUAAACAAAAAUAAUUUCUAAUAUUUUUUGUGUUUGUUCGCCUACCACCUUACAAUUACUCCAAUUUCAACAACCUGCUUCCCAUUUUGUGUAAUGUUUUUUGACAGAUGGAGUUUGCCUUGUACUCCAGCGCCUAAAUUAAUGAUCUGUAAUUCAAUUAUUUUGCCUUUAAUUUUUUUUAUAUUAUAAAAUUAUCAUGGAACUGUGACCAAAGUAUGCUUGAAAUCAUAUUUCUAAUGAACUUAUCUUACAUCUAUAUAGAUUAAUAUCUAUCAAUCGCGUCAACUCAUGACAAAAUUGUAUAAACUUUAGUUUUUAAGGUUUAAAAAAACAAACGAAACAAUAACCACAAAUAUUUGAAAAAUCUUUUGUUAUUUUUUCAACUCGGUCUAAUAUCCCAAAAAAAAAAAACAAAAAAAGCAAAUAAACGAAGAAGAAGAACUAUCAUUUUCCUAAUUUGACGAUAAACAUUA